AUCAAUCACUAUCCCCUUUUAUCAUUGACAUUUUUUCUCAAACAAAAUGGUCGUCUGUGAGUAAUGCGUGUUUCAAGAUAUCGGCCUGUAGUUUACCUACAAUUAUCGCUGCUUUUCCUUGAUAUUUUUAUCAAUUCUUUUGGGGAUUUAUUUAGAGCAGAAGACGUUAUCCUUUUAGUGCUAUAUAUGUAAGUACGGAUUGCUUUUUGAGUGGCUUUACGCCUUUUAAUCGGCGCGAAAUUUUGAGAAUGUCUGUUGUCAACAUAUGUAAACAAUUAAGGGUAUAAUGUUUUUGGGCUUGUGGUUCGUUUAUAAGGGUUUUAAAAUUAUGGUUUGGUUUGUGGGCUUACAUGGUAUUAUUCAUAUAUAUAUAUCUUUCGGUGAACAUAAUCUGAUCCGUUUAUAUCUGAUAAUCAUUGUGUGAAAAACACUUCAGCACACUUUUGUUUUUUUAUUCAGAAUUCAAGAUGUAUGUAUCCUGUUUGAACUGAUCGUCGUGUUCCUGGUGUUUUUCAAUACGUAUAUAUUCCAAGCUGGACUUGUGUUUUUACUGAUCAGAAAGUUUAAGACUACUAUUAUUAUAACUGUCCUAUAUCUACUGCUGUCAUUGGGUCUUCAUGUCUGGACAAUGGUAAGUCUAUUGUUUACAGCUGGAAAACAGAGCAGCAAGCUGAUAAAUCGAUUGAUUAUUGACACUCCCCUGAAGGGGCUUUUCAUUGACAAAAAUUACAAACACAUAAACUUACUGUAUUAUUACUACAUUUAGUCCUAAUUAAUUUUAUUGAAACACAUUACUAGCAAACAAGGACAAUUUCACAAAAACUGUGCCAGGGACAUCGACAACAACAACAACAACCACAACAACAGCGAUGAUAUUGACUUGUAGAAUAUCAUUUAUAAUUGGCUAGUAUUAGGGGUCGAUUGCACGGGCCGAGUUGUCCCGGCUAGCCGAGGUGGGACAAUUUUCCAACUCGCCGAGCCUGCACCUCUCUUGUCGAUAACCAAGACAACUCGGUUAGCGCCAAGUUCAAAAUUUUACAUUUUCUCUAUGUAAUUGCAUCUUGCUGAGUCGUCCUGGGAAAGUGGGCUGUCUUAACCUAUUAAUGUCCUAGGCUCAUCCCUUGAUGAGUAAAAUUGUCUGGCGUUAGACCAAGUAAAUACUAAAGUAGGGCACAUUGCACAUUAAAGGGUUAAUGAAAUUAGGUGUGGUUUUGUGAAAUGAGCCAAUGUGUAAAUCUGUUCAUUUUUAGACACGAAAAUGGGGAGAUCCUGAAAAGUAUACAUGGCAAGGUGGAUUUCAGGUUCUUUACGUCUUUCAAAGAUUAGGUAUUGAUUAUAUUAGCAUUAUCAAAGAUUAGGUAUUGAUUAUAUCAGCAUUAUUAAAGAUUAUCCAAAUACAAUAUCAAUUGGACAAUAGCCUAUAUUUGGGAAAUCUGCUCACAAAUGAGGGAGAAACUCAACUCAACAAAGAAUUAUAUUAAUUUCCUUCUUAUGUUUAUGAUUGACCGACUGUCUAAACUGUUUAUAAUAUUCUAAAUUUUCAACUACAAAAGUAACAAAACCAUUCAACUGUUAGUUCUAGCGAGUGAAACACCCAAUCCGAACCCCAACCCAUCACCCACUACAUAUACAAGAACUUGUUGUUGGAGCUGGACAACUUGCCUCUGUAGCUCAGUUGGUUAGAGCUCGACAACUGUCUUUCUGUAGCUCAGUUGGUUAGAGCUCAACAACUGUCUCUCUGUAGCUCAGUUGGUUAGAGCUCGACAACUGUCUCUCUGUAGCUCAGUUGAUUAGAGCUUGACAACUGUCUCUCUGUAGCUCAGUUGGUUAGAGCUUGACAACUGUCUCUCUGUAGCUCAGUUGUUUAGAGCUCGACAACUGUUUCUCUGUAGCUCAGUUGGUUAGAGCUCGGCAACUGUCUCUCUGUAGCUCAGUUGGUUAGAGCUUGACAACUGUCUCUCUGUAGCUCAGUUGGUUAGAGCUCCACCACUGUCUCUCUGUAGCUCAGUUGGUUAGAGCUUGACAACUGUCUCUCUGUAGCUCAGUUGGUUAGAGCUCGACAACUGUCUCUCUGUAGCUCAGUUGGUUAGAGCUCGACAGCUGUCUCUCUGUAGCUCAGUUGGUUAGAGCUCGACAACUGUCUCUCUGUAGCUCAGUUGGUUAGAGCUCGACAACUGUCUCUCUGUAGCUCCGUUGGUUAGAGCUCGACAACUGUCUCUCUGUAGCUCAGUUGGUUAGAGCUCGACAACUGUCUCUCUGUAGCUCAGUUGGUUAGAGCUCGACAACUGUCUCUCUGUAGCUCAGUUGGUUAGAGCUCGACAACUGUCUCUCUGUAGCUCAGUUGGUUAGAGCUCGACAACUUGCCUCUGUAACUCAGUUGGUUAGAGCUCGACAACUGGUCUCUCUGUAGCUCAGUUGGUUAUAGAGCUCGACAACUGUCUCUCUGUAGCUCAGUUGGUUAGAGCUGGACAACUGUCUCUCUGUAGCUCAGUUGGUUAGAGCUCGACAACUGUCUCUCUGUAGCUCAGUUGAUUAGAUCUUGACAACUGUCUCUCUGCAGCUCAGUUGGUUAGAGCUUGACAACUGUCUCUUUGUAGCUCAGUUGGUUAGAGCUCGACAACUGUCUCUCUGUAGCUCUGUUGGUUAGAGCUCGACAACUGUCUCUCUGUAGCUCAGUUGGUUAGAGCUCGACAACUGUCUCUCUGUAGCUCAGUUGGUUAGAGCUCGACAACUGUCUCUCUGUAGCUCAGUCGGUUAGAGCUCGACAACUGUCUCUGUAGCCCAGUUUACAAAAGCCUUCAACUGACUAAAUAUCUGCUGUUUUCAGGAUCCGUGUUUUAUUACUAUUACUACAAGAGAACUUGUUUGAAGCUUGGGGAUCCAAGGUUUUACCAGGAGUCUGAGUGGUUACGUAGAGAAUUUGCCAGAGUACAUUGAACCAUUGGCAGUAUGUCCCCCUACCAUCGCACAAAAUGCCGGACAAUGUGUUGGGGUUGUGCACUGUGCAGCGAUAUGAUGGAAGACGUUUACAAAAGGAUGUGACACGACGUUUACAUAUUUAAAGAUGCAGAACAGUAUGUUCACACAUGUCAGCAUAGUCAUAUUUUUUCAUCCAAAUAAUGAACUUUAUAAAGUUAUAAACAAACUGGUGACGACACUUAUAUGUACUAUUUAAAACACACGUAGGAGUGUUUUAUCAUAUUUAAAAUGCAAGUGUGCAGCACGAGCCUUAUAGGUAUGAUAAAACACGACCACAAAUGUUUUGAAUACCUUCAAACACAAUUACAAUAGAUGCCGGCUUAUUAGUAGUCUUUGUAUAAAGAAUACUAGGUCGACUUUUAUAUGAAGAAUACCAAUGAAGAUGAGUUCUAUCAGGUAUAAAGCCUCUUCACAUGACAUAUUAUGGUUGACAUGAUUUGCCAAUAAGCUUAUGAAUUAUUAGUGAGUGUUUGAAAUAUAUUUUCCUGAUUGCCGAGUUAAAUAAAUUAUCAAGGUAGCACAAUCAGAUUUUGCUUGUUAAUCAUGAGCAGGGGUCUUCAAUGUGAAUACAUGCGUGGCAAAACAGAUUGUACUGCAUCUCUGUGUGUAAGCUGAACGCUAAGUUUUAAUCUUGUUGGGUUUUUGCUAUAUAUAUAUGGUCGUAUUUAAUUUAAUCCACUGAAAUAGCAUCUAAGUUUCAAGCUAUAAAUCUAGUAUAGUGUAAAUAAUAUACAUAUAUAUCUAUAUUAAAUACAUAUGUAAAAAGGUCACAUUUUAAG